UGUUUAAACAACAGGCAAACAAUAAGUGUACACUUAUAAUAUAUUACAAUAAGGUAUUUUGCAUGCGAAAUAAGAAUAAAAAAUGAAUACAGUUAACAGUCAACUAUACAGCAACUCCUGGCAGGAGACAUUGAAUAUUCAGAAGUCACUGUUGCGAUGGGACAUAAAGAGGUCCAUGAAAAAUCUGUGCACAAAGCUAUCAGAGCUUGGGGAAGAAUGUUUUGUUGUGACAGUGAACGCAACUAAUGGAUGGACGGGAAAUAUUGGAACAGACAGAGGGGAUGAGUUUGUACAGUCAAACUCACACUUGCUGUAUGAUUUCCUGAGCUUCUGUCAAGUUCACGAAGAAAACAAUCCGGAUUACAACUAUAACACAGACUCUUCUGAAGAAGACGUUAACAAAACAAGAGCUGAUAAGACAAGCUUCAUGAUACAGAGACCUAAAUACAUAAACGAAGCUAUUAGUGAAUCUGGUCAAGAUAGAAAAUGGACAAAUCCUGACAUUGACAAUUUUCCUGAGUAUGAAGAUGAAAGACGACUUGUGUUCGAACGUUUUGAAAGAGCUGAAGAGGAUACUGAACUUCAUUGGGAUACAGAAAUAAGAAACACUAGUAAUCCAAAAGGUAGGGUAAUCAGUCAAGAAGUGUUUAUCAAAGAUCCAAUAGGAAAAAGAGUGAAGUUAGAUUUUGCUGUACCUGCAGAACUAAAAACUACAGCUGAUCAGGAAGAUGCUGUGAAUAGUGUGUUAGAUCAGAGUAAAGACCAGGUAAAUGAUAAAGUUGAAGGUGAAAAGAGGGCCAUUAAAAAGGUGAAGAGGAGGAAGCCUGAGAGACCGCGUCGACGGAGGAGUUGGAGAAGGAGUCGAGUGAGUGACAAUGACGAGGGGGCAGGGGCAUCUGACACGGAGGAAGAUAUGGAUGACGAAUACGGGGAAAAGAGCAUGGACAAGAGGGACUUCAUUUUGACACACUUCAUCCCAGAUAGAACAGAACCAAUACGGACCCGCUCAAGACAGCAGCCAGCACCAGAUGAGACUUAAUCUAGAUACAAAUCACCGCCAAGACAGCAGCCAGCACCAGAUGAGACUUAAUCUAGAUACAAACCGCCGCCAGACUAGAUUUAGACAGUUUGUCGCCCAGAAUCUUCAUGAACACACUGCUAUGAGACUAGAAUUAGUCAGACUGUUGCCAAGAACCUUUAUCAACAAGCUGCCAGACUACAAUGUAGUUAUAGCCACAGUUCAAGUGUUAUGUGUAUAUGAAGAUCAUUCAAAAAUUGACAAGACAUAGCACAGACCAUUCCUGGCCUGGGCCUACGUGAAUUUUGUUGGUGGUUACCAAGUUGGACAAUUAAAGCUUCCUUCACAUUUGUUGUGAAUUAAGUUUGAGCUAAGCUGCAUGUUAUAGAUGUGAAUAAUAAUCAUCAAACGGUAAGUAGGGGAAAUAAUUUCAAUUUUAAAUGUAAGUUAUAUUGUGUUCAUUUGUAUAUAAUACUGGCUGCUUUAAGCUUACAUUUAUUGGUGUUUUUUGGUAUGUCUCUAUAAUAAAGUUUUAUGACUUCUA